UUGGUCGUCACGUGACCGGUUCCUCACAAGUGUCGCCAUCAUGCAAGCAGCAAGGCGAGCGUGUUCGGGGCUGCUGAGGGCCACAAAAUGUGCUCUUGCAUCCCCGGUCGUCCCUCAGACAGCCACAAGAACAUUACCAGCAUACUUCUGCUCACGUAGAGGAUAUGCUGGGGAAGCAGCAAAACCAGCUGCCAAGGGCAAGAGUGCGUCCGGCAGGGUCGUGGCAGUCAUUGGGGCCGUUGUUGAUGUUCAGUUCGACGAUGACCUCCCACCCAUUCUCAACGCCUUAGAAGUACAAAAUAGAUCACCAAGAUUAGUUCUAGAAAUUGCACAACAUUUAGGUGAAAACACAGUAAGAACCAUUGCCAUGGACGGCACAGAGGGUCUCAUCAGAGGUCAGGAGUGUGUGGACACUGGCACCCCCAUCAGAAUCCCAGUAGGACCAAAAACAUUAGGCAGAAUCAUCAAUGUCAUCGGUGAGCCUAUUGAUGAACGUGGCCCAGUACAAACUGAAAAUUACGCUGCCAUCCAUCAGGAAGCCCCCGAGUUCGUAGACAUGAACGUGCAGCAGGAGAUCUUGGAAACUGGCAUCAAGGUGGUGGAUCUUCUCGCUCCUUAUGCUAAGGGUGGUAAAAUUGGUCUUUUCGGUGGAGCUGGUGUGGGUAAGACUGUACUUAUCAUGGAACUUAUCAACAACGUGGCCAAGGCUCAUGGUGGUUACUCUGUAUUUGCUGGUGUUGGAGAGAGAACACGUGAGGGCAAUGACUUGUACCACGAGAUGAUCACAUCCAAAGUUAUCAGUCUCACAGAUGAUACCUCCAAGGUAUCUCUGGUAUACGGUCAGAUGAAUGAGCCCCCAGGAGCCCGUGCCCGUGUUGCCUUGACUGGUUUGACUGUCGCCGAGUAUUUCCGUGACAUGGAGGGACAGGAUGUGCUGCUCUUUAUUGACAAUAUCUUCAGAUUCACACAGGCUGGUUCAGAGGUGUCUGCCUUGUUGGGUCGUAUCCCCUCAGCUGUAGGCUACCAGCCCACCCUGGCCACAGACAUGGGUACCAUGCAGGAGAGAAUUACAACAACCAAGAAGGGAUCCAUCACAUCAGUACAGGCCAUCUAUGUGCCAGCUGAUGACUUGACAGAUCCUGCUCCUGCCACCACUUUCGCUCAUUUGGACGCCACCACUGUGUUGUCCAGAGGUAUUGCUGAGCUGGGUAUCUACCCUGCUGUAGAUCCCCUUGAUUCCACAUCUCGUAUCCUUGACCCCAAUGUUGUGGGAGAUGAGCACUAUGGCAUUGCUCGUGGUGUACAGAAAAUCCUCCAGGACUACAAGUCCCUACAGGACAUCAUCGCUAUCCUGGGUAUGGAUGAGUUGUCAGAGGAAGAUAAGAUGACAGUUGCCCGUGCCAGGAAGAUCCAACGUUUCCUGUCACAGCCCUUCCAGGUGGCCGAGGUUUUCACCGGCGAGGGAAAAUAUGUUGCUCUCAAGGAUACCAUCAGAGGAUUCCAGCAGAUUCUUAAGGGUGAGUUGGACCACCUUCCCGAAAUUGCCUUCUACAUGGUGGGAGGAGUCGAGGAAGUUGUCCAGAAGGCCGAGAAACUAGCAGAGGAACAGAGUUGAACUAAUUCAUUGUAGUUUUAGGAAAAAUCUCUGCAAGAAGGCAUUGUAAAUUAUUCGCGAUGUGCUACUACUGUUUGAGAGGAAGUGUUGACAAGUUAUUUUGUAGAUAUUACAAUGAUUACUAUUGUUUGUCAAAAACCAAAACUGUAAGCAAGAAACAGUGACUGUGCUAUCAUUGUGGAUAAAUAAACCUUGUCCACAAAAA